ACUAUAAAAAACAAAAGAUCCUCCUCGACAAAAUAUAAAAUUAAAUUUUUUUUUUUUUCGGUUAUCGGUUUACAAAAAUGGCAUUAAUACCACGUCCACUUGAUCCAUUGGAACCAUUCGAAAUAAUUGAUAGAUUGGAUUUUUGGGAUCGUUUAAGACAUUGGAGAGCAUUAGAUUAUUUUGAUUCAUUGAUACCAUCAUUUUUUGCACCACUUGUACCAUCACGUAUAUUAUCAGCACCGCCACCAAAAGUUGUACGUUCAAAAUCAAUGACACAUUUACAAGUUGGUCAAGAAAUUGUUAGUAGAGAUGGUUUUGAAAUACAAUUAGAUGUUAUACGUUUUAAACCAAGUGAAAUUGAAGUACGUAUUGUUGAAGAUUGUAUUGUUGUUGAAGGUAAACAAGAAGAGAAAUGGGAUAGUAAAACAACAACAAAAUCAUUUGAAAAUCGUUAUUCAUUACCAAUUGGUUAUGAUCCAUGGCAAGUAACAGCAACAUGUCAUAAUGGUAUAUUAACAAUAAGAGCACCACCACCAACACGUUCAAUAAUUAAAUGUCAUAGACGUUUUAUACCAAUUAAACAUAUUUAAAUAUGAAAAGGAGAACACUAUGAAAAAAAAAAAAAAAAUUAUAUAGAGAAACCAAAAAAAAAAAAAAAUAAAAUUUUUAAUUAAAAUUGAAUUUUAGUGAAAAAUUUUAUUCCUAUACAAUAAAAAUAAAAAUAUACUAAAAAAAUAAUAUUUAUUAAAUUAAAAAAUUUACAAAAAAAAAGAAAUUUAUCUCAAAUUUUUGCAACACUAAUUGGAAACAAAGAAUUUUUUUUUGUAUUUAAUUUACGAAAAAUCACAUAAAAUUCGAACAAGUAUUCGAAAUUUUUUUAAAUAUGGAUUUUCUAUUUUCGACCAAUUUUAAAAGUUAUUGGUCCUUUAAAAAUUUUUUUUUCUCGAAAUUGAAUGGUUUUUCUUAUGCAAUUCACAAUAUUUCUUAUAUACAAGAAGAAUAACAAAAAUGGAAUCAAGAUUAAUCCGACGAAAAAACUAGUCUCAUCAAAUUUUUAGGCAACAAGACAAAGAAGACAUGAGGAACAAGUAUAGAAAAGGACGAACAAGCAGAAGAAAGAAUUACAAUCAAAAGGAUAUUUUUUAAAAAUUAUGAAUUUUGUAGAUUUUUUUUUGCACAAAAAUUAUUAAAAAAAAAAAAAACUAAAAAGUGAUUUUUAAAUAGAAAACAAAAACAAAAAAUGGAUAACAUGUUUUAAAUUAAAACUUUAGAAUAAUUGAAAACAAAGGACUUUGAAUUUUGAAAGCAAAAAAAAAAAAUUUCAUUUGAAAUUUAAGAUUUUUUUUUUUUGGUUGUUGUUGUUGUUGUUGUGUUCAUUGCCCCCACUCCCACCUUAAUUUCUAAUCACAAAUUUUAACUAUAUUUCUGUUCUGCUUUUUAAUUUUUUUUUUUAUACAUAUUAAGUUUGAA